AUGGGGCAGCUGGGCCCACCCCCGCUCAACCGGCUCUACCACCAGGGAACUCGGAGCAUCAGUGAGGGCCUCCCAGAGGCCAAGGCCCAGGUCCAGGAGCUGGAAUGCAUGGGCACCCAGAAGCCACCUCUGUCCCACCCUUCACAUUCCCCUCUAGCUGACUGGAUUGCGAAUUCAGUCACUGAACCCAACGUCACAGAGGCCGUGGCGGUGACAGCCCCUCCUGGAUGGGUGUGUCCCCGGGAGCGGCCACGGCCCAACCCCCGCCCCUCAGGCCUAGCCGGCGGCGGGCACCUCCCGAGGACUCGCGCGUGUCCUCCCCAGCCCGCCUGCUCCGCGCUGCCGGCCUCCGCCCGCCCGGGGGGUCGGAGCCCUCCCCCAACGCGCGGGCUGGGGCGGGGGGUCCGCGGGCCGCGCCGGGUGUGGGCGCGGCCGCCGAAUGCCCGGCCAGCGCGCCACUCCAGCCCUGCCAGGCCCAGGCCGGGGCCCCACCGGCCCCGCGGCCUCCCCGCGGCCUCCCGCGCCGGCGUGGAGGGGCAGCCCGCCCCGGCCCCGCGCCCCGCGCCCCGCGCCCUGCCGCCCGCACCUGCCGCCCACUCACCGCGCGCGCGCCGGGCCGGCCGAGCCGCCGCCGGACGCCGGGGCCGGGCCGGGCCUGCGCGCCCCGCGCUACACAAAGUGACGGCCCCGGAGCUGCGCGGCGGCGGCGCGUGGGCACCGGAAGUGCCGCCGCCGGGCCCCGCCCCGCCCGCGCCCACGGGGGGCCACUUCCGGUCACGCGGGGUCGAGCGCGGCUCCCGGAGGGGGCGUGCGUGGAGGGAGAGGAAGCGCCGGGCGUGUGAGAGAGGGCGCUCUGGGUCCCGGAUCCCGGUCCCACCCUUGGGGACCCCGGUGCCCCACUCCUGGGAACCCCAGGGCCCCCUGUCCCGACCCAAGACCCCGACUCCUCCCCUGGGAACCCCAGCGCCCCCUGCCCUGACCCGAGACCCCGACUCCACUUCUGGAAACCCCAGUGCUCCCUGA